AUGUUACCCGGGCCACCCAGCAAGAUCGCAGUCGCCCUCUUUUCAGGCUUCCAAGCUCUCGACGUUUUUGGACCUCUGGACGCACUCAACAUACUCUCAUACACCAACCCAUUAGAAUUAUAUUUACUCUCUACGACAUUGGAUCCAGUGUCCACCAUCCUCGCAAAUGCUCCAACCCCCAGCGCAAUUGGACAGAGCCUAGUCCCGACACAUACAUAUCAAGAUGCUCCAAAGGAUAUAGAAGUUCUUAUCGUGCCAGGAGGUCGGGGAACCCGUGAACUUGAGCUCACACAGCCUGUCGUGGAUUUCAUCGAGGCAUCGUUUCCGAGCCUCCGCUUUCUCCUUACCGUCUGUACCGGGAGCGCCCUCGCAGCUCGGUCUGGUGUUCUCGAUGGUAAAAAUGCCACCUCCAACAAGCUGGCUUUCGAUUGGGUCACGGCGCAAGGUCCUGAUGUGAAGUGGGUUCGCCAUGCGCGAUGGGUACAGGACGGCAACAUUUUGACCUCUUCCGGGGUAUCAGCUGGUAUUGACAUGAUUUACGCCUUUAUUUCUGACCAGUAUGGCGAAGAGGCCGCGUCCAAAGUUGCAACCAUGUCUGAGUAUACUAGGAACACUGACUCUACGAAUGACCCAUUCGAUAAGGCUGCCUAA